UGAUUAAUGUUAGUGUGCGUGCACGUUACGAAAAGAAGAGCGUCCUCAUUGCUGUUUUCCGCAAAAAGUGCAUUUUCCGGAUUUUCUCUGUGAUUAGACAUCCAAAUUAGCACCCAGCAAGGGCAGUGGAGGAUAAGGUAUACAAAAAACAUUCCCAUCACAUUUAUUUCCAUACCUAUAUCUUUCUACACGUCUGUGUUUUGAAGUACAUAUUGAAAUUUCCUAAUAGGUAAGAAGACAUUUUUUUAUUUAAUAUUUAUUAAAAGAACAUAAAAGAAAAAAUAUUAAUAAUUAAAAUUCAUUAUGAAAUUCAAUUAUAUUCUAUUUGAGAUUAAGGAAAGACGAUUUAGUACAAAGAUUUAACGUGGUGUUUUGCACAAUCUUGAGAUUUUAUCUAUCGAUAUAUAGAGAAGUUCUCUUUGUGCGUUUCCUAAGAAAUUCUCGCACAAGGUACAUACUAAUCUAUGGACAAACAGAGAAAUUGUGCAAACACCCACGCAAUAUCGUCUCAUUGGUCGUCUCUCUUCGUGUUGUUAUUUCAUGAAUUAUUUCUAUAGCCUCCUGGCUAGAAUUUUAUGUAUACGUAGUAUACUUGUGGAACGGAUAUACGGGGAUUUUUUUUCCUUAUCUAAAAUUCUUCUCUAUAACCAUCACUUACUGGAUAUUUUUUUGGAGGUAUAAGUAACAUAAGGCAUAAGGGCUGACAGACCAGACAGAAUUUAUGGUGAUAGGAUUUCGAGUGACCAGGAAGUUGUGUGUCAUGCAUUAGUAAAAUAAUUUAAGGGCACUAAACGGUAAUGUCCAAAGGUAUUUUAGGGGGAAGGGGUGGGGGUAGCGAAGAAGGGGUACGAAGGUAAAUUCAUUCACAAAGUAAGGUCAAACCCUUUUAGUUUGUGUUGAAAGAUCCCCCUCAAAUAUAAGCAAAAAAAAAAGAAGACUUCAUUACUCUAUUUUUUUUCUGUCGGAUAUAGACAAGAAUUUAUGACACAUCCGAUGGAUAUCUAAUAAUCCUUAAGAACAAUUUGAACGCCUCUAUUUAUUCAGCUCAAUAGACAAAUAAAAGAGACACAAACACACGCAUUUAUUUACUGUGAAAUAUUCACCCUAAUCUCAUCCCUUUGCCGUCUGGUUGAAUUGUGACGGGGAGACACUGAAGGGAUUCAUGAUGUGUGGGUGGGUGGGAAGACGAACACAGAAAAAAAUAGAAGAAAUAGGAUAUCAUGUUGGAAGUAUUAAGCCAUGGGGCGUGUGUGACACAUAGUCCUGCAACUUUCAAUGACUCAAAUACACCACAUAUAGCAAAUAGCAAGAAUUGAGUAAAUUCUACUCUUAUUUUCUCUCUCUCUCUCCUUCUUUCCUUUUCCUUUUUCAUCAUCCUUUCCUUACAUACACGCACUUACAAUUCAGAAAACUUAUGUAGUUGGCACUUUAAGUGAAUUUUCCAUCACAUACAAAAUCUCUGGGCAACCCCAAUGAAUCAACAAAUUUUAUUUAUAGUCCUCCACUAUGAUACAUAAGAGGGACAACAACUUGGAUUUAAUGUGACAUGGAAAAGUAUAUUCUUAUACAUAAUAGUCUCUGUAUGUAGCACGAAAUCAUUUUUAUGUUUUCUACUUUCUUUGUCAUUUAUCUCUCCCGCAAUAUCCCCUUCAUUCUCUACUCUUUUAUUUAUCGUUUUAUCCACUAAAAUUGCAAUUUUGCACAGAAUAAUCUUAUCACCCUCGCUACACCUUUAAAAGCUCAAUUAAUGAACAUAAAAAUUCCACCCUUAACUCCCCACAUAAAUCAUAACAUGUUGUAUAAAGAGUUUUACGACAAAUUUCAACUAGAGAAUAUUCAAUUAAAAAUUCAGAAAAUCAGAAUGAAAAUUUUUCCAUGUUGAGAAUCUUCUUGAAAACUUUGGAGUAGCAAGCAUAGAAGUAUUUAUGUUAAAAUGUUUUUUUGAUUAACUUACUGUGUGAACUUGAAUAAUUCUGAAUUAUGAUACAGUAAAUUUUCACUAUGCUAUAAUGUACUUUGCACCCGUGUACGUUAUGCAAAACUUCUAAAGUUAAUAAACUUUGCAAAAUGGAAACUUAAACAUAUGAGAAGCAUAAAUCCACACAAGUAUUUUGCAAAGAUUUUUUUUCUAUCUGAUUAAAUUCAUUCAUCUUCCACAGUUAGAAAGAAGUAAGAUUAUGAAUGAAUAAUUUUGUAUUAAUUCACAAUUUUUUUCUACGUUGUUUACCUCUUUGAAUGUCCCUUAAAUAUAAAAUGAGGAAUUAUAAAAGUUAUCUUUAAUUUUCAAGUCUUGGUCUAUUAGAUUCCUUCUCAUCUAUUAGACAAAGAAGAUUCUUUAAAUUUGUACGAAAGGUUCUGAAAUUCAUGUAAAGACAUAAAAAUCAAAGGUGUUUCAUUUUACCCCGCUGCUCUUUUUUUGCAUCAAUUCCCAGAAUUAUCAAAAAUCUCAGCUGUUUACUCCUCUUUAGAUUUUCUCUCUCAAAGUUGCCUGAAUUCUCAAACAAUAUCACUCUUUUGUGUUUAGAUGGUUUAGAAUGUAGGUGGUUAUUGUUUUUUUUUUAUCCUUCUGGGAUUACAUGAAUGUGUGUGUGCUAGAGAGUUGUUUGAAAGGGAUAAAUUUUAUUUGGUAGGAAUACCAUUGAAACUCUUUGGGACUUAUUCAUGACACUCCCUCGUCUUAGCUAUCCUUUUGUGAUGAAUUUCCAGAGUGAAAUGUCAAUUUUGACGAGAAUGAAUAAUGAUGAUUUGUUUGUGAGUUCUCUUACGCAGUGCUCAAUAUGUCUUCUCAAAAUGGCAAUACUAGGCAUGCAAUAUAUACCCCAUCAUUUUUUGUUUUAUGGAAAUAUAAAGAGUGGUUAAGGGAAUGGUUUUUUUUCUUAUUCUUUUUAUUUAUUUUUUUGUUAUUGUUUUGUAUCUCUUCACAGAAGAAUAAUUGCUUUGUGCAAUUGCUUCUGUUUUUGUUUUCUCCUCUUCUCGUUGGUAUCUUCUUUGGUGCUGGCUCGAUAUACCUACUACCUCAACCAUAGUAUGUGUGCCUACUAUACCAUAGUCGUUUGGCUAUCUUCUUGUGGAUGUAUAAUAUACUAUAAAAUGUAUAAUCUCAUGUUUGGUGGUCAGAAAGCAGCGCAAAUGCGAAAGAGUUUGCUACAAAACAGGGGCUCUCUCGGGGUGGCAGCAGCAGCAGCAGCACAGGCAAGAGCAAAAAUAUAGCAGAAUUGUAUGUAGUUCUACUGUAAUAAAGAGCGCACAGAAAUAUUGGAUGGAAACCGGACGGACGCUCUGCUGGCUGACUUUCCACCACUUUGGUCGCCGGUGCUUCAAUGCUGCUCACAGCCAGAGCUCUUCUACAAUGUUCUCGUCGUAGUUGUAUAUACUACAUACACCAGCCAGCCAAGAGAGUAAAACGGAGAGGGAGUUCGCCGUACCGAGUCGAUGGCACACGGGUUUCAUUGUGUGUUUGGCAUUCGAGCAGACAAGAGUGAUUUUUGUAACGAGAAAAAGGAGCGAAAAUUUUCUCUGUGUGCUCAGAGUUUUUGGUGUGUCUGGAGGAGUUUUUGCUGAAGCCGGUGAAGAGCUUUUUUCUUGCAAAGAAUCAAAGUUUCUUCUCUUUAUCAGAACUAGAGGGGUGCAAAUCAUAUUCAUAUUAAUAAUAACGAGUUGUGUGUUCUCUUAUGUGAUCUCACAAAUUUUCUUUGCACCUUAAUUGUGUGUCCGUUAAAAUUAAAAAAAAGAAGUAAAGAAUAGUGUUGAUGGUGCCUGUAGGAGUUACAAUUGUAUUUCUCUAUUCUUUCAUUGUUCAUUGAACCAGACCACAGAGAGAGAGAGAAUAUUGUAAAGUGAAGAAGAAUUUCUUUUAAAAAAAAAGGUGUGAACACUCAUUUUCCACCCAGACAAUUUUGUGAAGUUUUUUUUUUUUUUAAAUUGUAAAAAAAAGUGCCUCGUCCGUUGAAAAAUUUAAAAAAAAAGCAAGAAACGCAGAUUUUAUAGAGAAGAAAAAUUGCGUUAUAACUGUUAGAGUGCUGGAUUAAUUGUCUUUUCAGACCGAAAAACAUUUUCUAAAAUAUAUAUUGUGUUGACGAUAGAACCAACGAAGACAAGACACCACGAUGGGGAAAGUUCAGAGUAAACGUUCUAUGGAUAUUACCACAGAGCAAACAACUAAAGAUGCUGUCCAAGAAGGGAGUGGUAAAGUUGGCAAAAUUGAAGAAGUUGAUCAACCGAUAAAAGUAAAUGGAGAUACAAAUCAUGAGACACAGGAAAAAGAUAAGAAACUGUCGCCGGACAAUGCUGAAAAUGAAAAGGAUUUGACAACAGAAAAGGAAAAGACAGUUCAAAAUGGAAAAGAUGAAACACAAAAUGAUGACGAUGAAAAACAAGCAGCAAAUAAGAGUGUGGAAAAUGGUGAUGGUGAUGCCACAUUAAAUGAGAGUAAAGUGUCAGAAGCAGCAAGUCCCACUGCACCUGCUGAGAAUGGCGAUAGCAGCAAUAAGAAGCCGAAGAAGGAGAAAGUGAAGAAGAAAUGGUCCCUUAGGAAGUUCUCCUUCAGUAAAAAGGAUAAACAGAAGCCAGCGGCAAAGGAGGAGACGCCGAUCAAUGAUGCCACCGAAGGUGCCAUGUCUUCUACCCCAGCAUCACCACCAAUUGUGGUGAAUGGUACUGAAUGUGAGAAAGUUCCCGAAGAGGCCACUGAAGAAGUUGCUGCUGCUGCUGCUGCCGUCAGUCCAGUUGCUGCACCCGUUGCUGCUGCUGCAGAAACUCCCAAGGAGGAAGUAGCAGCACCAGUAGCUGAGGUGCCACCAACGAAGACCACCACACCCGUUGAGGAGAAGAAAGAAGAGGCACCUGUUGCACCACAACCAGUGCAGAAUGGUGAGGCAAAGGUGGAAGCAGCCCCAGCUGAGCCGGUAACUGAGACAAAAGUUGUUGAAGCAGCAGCUCCGGAAACUACAGCAGAGGCGCCAAAGGUGGAGGCGGCGGUACCCGAAGUAGCUGCUCCUCCUGCCACGGAGCCCGUUGAAGAGGUAAAGAAGCCCGAAACGGUGUCAGAACAAACAAGUGUGCCAACGACAGAACAAACUGUCGAGGCUGGUGAGGGCGCUCCUCCUCCACUUCCUACUAUUCCGCCACCAUCUAAGGUGUUGGUGUUUGCUGAGAGUGCACUGUCCACUGCGACAGAAUCCGAAAGUCCCGCUGUCCCCGUUGUUGCACCCACUCCCGUUGCGAAUGAUUCCACUGAGGUUGUAGUAGGUCAGUCUGCUGCUGUUGAAUCUGUCCCAGAAGUUGCUGCACCAGCUGAGGCAGCAGCACCAGUUGCUGUUUCAGAAGCUGUACCAGCUGAAGCAGCUCCCGCAGUUGCACCUGCUGAGAGUACACCACCAGUGGAGGAGGCAAAACCAACAGAAGUUCCUGCAGAAGCUCCUGCUGUUGCUCCCGUGUCCGAAGUUCCACUUCCUCCUCCCACUGAUGCUCCUGCUCCUGUUGCUGCUACUGAAGUCCCCGUUGACGCACCAUCCCAAGUCCCAGUCACUGAAAGUCCCGUUGCAGCUCCCGUUGAAGUUCCAGCUCCUGAUGUACCCGCAGCUGUUGUUCCUGAAGUCCCAGCUCCCGCUGAAGUAGCCCCAACCCCUGUUUCCGAAAUCCCCGCUGUAGCCACGGAAGUACCAACAACCGAAACACCUGCUCCUGCUCCUGAUGCACCCACUCCCGAAACCGCCGCACCGUCCACAGUUGAAGCACAACCAUCGGCAAGUGAGCCAAAACAAGAGCAAAUAGCCGAAACAAUUGCCCUGAUUGACAAAGUAAAUGAGGCAGCUGCAACAGAAAAGGAUCUUCCACCACCUCCACCAGCGCCCACGGCUGAAGAACAACCCGCGUCUGUGCAGGAGGAAUUGUCUGUUGAUGCAUCAUCACCACUGCCGCAGAAUAGUCUCGAAACUCUUCCAUCGCCACCAUCAUCCCUCACACCCAGUGAAGCUAGUUUGCCACUGCCACCGCCAGAAUCUCCCGUAGCUGGUGGUGAUGAGCAGAAAGUUGAUGCCGUGGCAACAACAAAUGAGGUGACCCCAGCAGCUGCUGAGGAGCUGCCGCCACCACCGCCAAAUCCUCAGGAGGAAGUUGUCGUUGCUGAUGCCAAAUCCCAAAGCAUUCCGCCACCAGCUGAUCAGGCAACAACACACCCCACCCCUGUGGCCGAAGAGAAGGUCAAUGGGCAUGCUGAGCAGCAAGUGAAGUCUGAUGCAGCUCCAGUGGCUGAUGUGCCCGCGGAAAAUGGCCAUUCAGAGGAAAAGAAAGAAAUUCCAGAAUCUCCCGUUGCUCCAGCUGAGAAGGUAGCUCCUGCAGCUGAAACACCCCCAGCUGCUGAUGCUGUGAAAGUGGAAUAAGAUGGGCAAAAGAAUGCAAAAAAAAAAUGAUGAAGCUUGAAAAUAAGAAGGGAUGAACCGAAGGAAGGGAAAGCAUUCACAGCAUGAACAGAAGAAGAAGAAAAAAAAAGAAAUCAUCCUAAAAUAUAAUAUUUUGAUCAUCAAUCGCAAGAAUUUUGCACACACACAUUAAGGAUUAAAUGAAGAAAUAAAAAGAAAAUCAUCUGUAAUUAUUUUAUAAUAUUUGCUACAUGUUAUUGAGAUAUUUGAGAAAGGAAGAUGAAAAAAAAACGAAUCAAUCCUCAUAUAUACAUAUACAAUUUAUAAAAUAAACUUGAGAAGAAAUUGUAGUUUCUAUUGCAAUUUUCAAAUUAGAGGAAUUUUUUUUUACAAUGACGAUCAAACUCUGUCAAUUUUUGGGAUCCUUUUUGAUGCGAAAUUUAAAUCACGCGUGUGAUUUUUUUUUCUGAAAUAAAAAUAAUUAAAAAAAAAACUUUUCUAAGCUCCUUUUUCUUAUACAAUAUUUAAAAGAAAAAAAAUAUAGUAACAAAAAAUAAAGACUUUUUGAUACGAACACUUUUCACGAGAUUUCCACAGACUUUUUUGAGGAGGAUUUUUUUGAAGAGAAAGAAAAUAAUUUAAAACAAAAAAAAAAUGAAAAUAUUGAUGCGCAACAGAAUCGAAGCUCAAAUUUGAAGAAUUUCUCUUUUUUUUUUUUUGAUAAAAUGUAUUUGUAAAAAUAUAGUAAUAGUAAUCUAUUAUAAUAAAAAAAAAAUAACUAAUCGUCAACAAGAAUCAAGGUAAGGAAUUUAUAAAGAAAAAAUAAAAGUUUCAUGAGAAGAAUGGGAAAAAAAGGAAAAGAUGGAAAAAGGGACAUUUUGUGCAGAGAGGAGGAAAUUGAGAAUGUAUCGAUUGUAGGAAUACUCAUGAACAGGAUAUUUUGUUUUGUCUCUUUGAUAAAAGAUGAAGAUAAAAGAUGUUUGUAUUAAUCGCUGUCUCUAUUGAGCUACCUGUGAGGUUGUUUACACUGGAGGAUUUUAAAAGAAAAAAAAACAUGCAAAAUUAAACAUUUUGUGGUAGAACAUUAGAACAAGUUUAGAGCAUAAUGUAGACGUGCGAAGGGGCAAAAUCGAAAGUCUCCUUAUAAAAUUUUCAAUUUAAAUAUUAAACGAGAACUUAAUAAAAAAAAA